AACCGGUGUGUACGCGCGACGUUUCCCGCGCAGCAGCACGCCGAUCGUCCGUCCGUCCGGUUCUAUCUUGUCGGCGCGCGCGUUUCCUUACCGUAGUCCACCGGACUAGCGCCGCGUCGCUUUGUUGACAUAAUAUUUUGUAACCAACGAGGACGCGAGUGUCGUGCCGCGUCCCCUCGAUGGGACCGCAUUGUCGCUGACACGUCCAUCCACUGCAGGGACCAUGCCAUUGUCGUCCAAUACAUGGAUCGAGCGAGCCGCUCGACCCGACCGCUUGACCCUUGCGCGCUGGGCCGUGGUGAUAUACGCACUUCAUCUGGCAGUUUUGGGAUUGGCAGCGUCCAAAAUUGACGGAGGAUGGGACACGGAGCCCAACACUCAGUAUCACAUACAAACCGACGAGGGGCCCGAAAGAUACUUUAAAUACCAAACGAUCAGCGGACAGUACCGGAAAGAGAGACGGCUACAAGACGGCACCGUGGUCGGCUCUUACGGGUGGGUGGACGCAGACGGUUACCUAAGACUAAACGACUAUGUAGCUGACUCGAAGGGCUACAGAAUAGUCAGGAACAAAAAACUGUUCGUUGGCACGCAAGCGCCAGUCGGACAGGCCGUGUCGCAGGCCAAGUACGUUCCGCCAGUGUCUGGUACCGCCGUGACGGUGUCGCCGUACCGUUCUAAGCCGGUGGUGGUCGCCGAACACCCUAGGCAGUCGUCGUGGCGCGGUUCGCCGUUCAUCUACCCGUCCGACAAGGACCAAUCGUUGCGGUUCCCGUCGACUACGUCCUCGCCGUUUUUCAGGCGGCGACCCAGCAGCAGCGUGUCGCCCGACUAUUACACCGUGCGGCCCGUGGACGUCAACUCGAUAGCCGUGGACGGCGACGCCGACGCCUCCGGUUUCGAACGUAGGGUGUCCACGCCCUCGACCACUGCGUCGCCGCUGUACGAACAGCCGCUGCGACCGCAAACGUUCCGGCCGGCAUACCGCAAAGUGGUGGACUUGUCGGCGCAAGGAUCCCAGGCGGAGGCCCAGUACGACGGCGUGUCGUUCGUUCGCAACGGGUUCAAGUACUAUCUGCCCAGACAUUACCACGAAGAACAGUCCAACGACGCGGGCGACACGCGCGCCGGCAGUUUCGGUUACAUCGACCCGUUCGGCAUUCGCAGGGUGGUUUACUACAACACUGCACCGGGUACCGGGUUCGUGCACAGGAAGAACAACCGGUACGUGGGUCUCGACGCCGAGCCUUACGAUCCCAGACCCAACUAACCCGAUAAUUCCUCCCCCCUGCCCCACGUUCCUAACAGUAUACGCAAUAAUCAUAAUAUGUUAGAUCAAUCCGCGACAGCAUUAUGUAUAUACUUUAAUAAUACUCAAAACAGCCUAUACAGAUUGACAAGUCGUUGUAGGUAAAUUAUCUUUACAUUCGAGUAAGAAAAGAUGUUUUGCGUACAACCUACGCCGUGUAUUUUCUGUGUCUACAUAAAAUGAUAACGAUGUAGCUGUUUUCGCCUAAAACUAGAUGUAAAUCGUAAUAAUAUAGCUCGGUGGGUCUCGUUAGAAAUUUGAAGGUCAAGAUAAUCGGAGACGCAUAGGAGUUUGUUAUGACUGGAGACUUGUAUUACAAAUAAAUAACCUAUAGUUUUUGUUUUGAAACCCCGAGUGGCCUUUAUUUUGAACAUAACGGUUAAUUUUCACUUUUAAUAUUGAAAAAUUUCAAUUAUAAUUAUAUUUAUUUAAAUUUCGUCGUUAACGGUAAGUUAUAUUAUAUUACUACAGUGCAAAUGGUCUCAAGUCUCUUUUUAUAACGACGCCUCAGUCUCGUUAAUGUGUACAGCUAGUCAACAUUGAGUAUUACCUAUUUUAAUUGUAUUUAUUAUCAUUCGACGAGUGAUGAAUUAUUCUAUAGCCCCCCAACUGGGGAUCUAAGGAACGUUUGUAGUUAUGCCCUUAUACGGUCUUACCUAACCCGAACAAAUAUUAAUGACAAUAACACCUUUUGGGUUUAUACUUGAUUUAGUAUUCGAUUUUAGUGCGUGUGAUCUAUACACAUUACCCGAAAUGAUAAUCGUCCGGUCAGUGCGGAAUCAAAAACAAUAGGGUCGCCCGUAAUGAUAGUAUUAUGGUGAAAUCAUGAGCGAAUUUAAUAGUAUAAGUAUAGCGAGUUGCGCAACUGGUGAUUAUUUUAGCCAUUGUAUACCGCGGUCAAUAAAUCUAUAGCUCCAUUGUCUUCACCCGGCAAAAAUGUUUGCCAUAAUGAAUCGCACUUGUAAUGUAAUUUAGAAAUUCUUGAAAAAAAUGUGCCACGUACUAAGGUGUACUCAUAUAUAUAUAUAUAUAAUAUGUUAGUUAUAUUAUAAUAUUGAGCAAACAUUAAUUUAUUUUAUACAUUAUAUUUUUAUGUUUAAUAAAAAGAUUAAUAAUAAUUUAUAAAUACUAAUAUAAUAAUACUAACGAACGUACAAAUCAGUGUGUUU